AUGGAGUGUAAAAAAAAGGAAAGUAAAAUUAAGGUGUUUCUCAAUUCUUCAAAAAGUGUAGCCUCUGUAUUGAGAGUAUCAGCAUUACCUGGAAACUUCUUAGAAAUUCAAAUUAUUGGACUCUGCCUAGACCCGUUGAAUCAGAAACUCUGCAUGAGGAAGCCUAAAUCCUUUUCUUUUUCUGGGUGCUAUGUGAGCUUGCUUCUUCAAGUGAUGAUAUCAACGUCAGAAAACUGGACAGUGAACACUUCCCCGGGACACUUGGUGGCCAUAGUAGGAGGACAGGCUGAGCUAAGCUGCCACUUGUUCCCACCACAAAGUGCAAAACACAUGGAGGUAUGCUGGUUCAAGGGUGACCGAUCCAAGCUUGUUCAUCUAUACAGAGGUGGCCAAGAAGUAAAUGAAGAAGCUGCCCCAGAAUAUGUGGAUCGCACAGAGUUUGUGAAAGAGGCCAUUGGGGAGGGCAGACUGACUCUCAGACUUCAUAAUAUCAGUGUUUCUGAUGAUGGACCAUACCAAUGUUCAUUUAAAGAUAGUGAUUUCCAUGGUGUGGCCAGCAUGAAUCUCAGUGUGGCAGCAUUAGGCUUGGAGACACAGAUCCAUAUAAAGACUCCUAGUGCUGAUGGACUCAUGGUGGAGUGUAACUCAGGAGGUUGGUUCCCACAGCCCCAGAUGGAGUGGAGAGACAACAAUGGAGAGGUAGUUCCACCUUCAUCAAAAUCCUAUUCACAGGAUGGAGCCAAAUUAUUCCACGUAGAGAUGACUCUUCUCCUCAGAAACAGAUCACAGGGCAAUAUGACUUGCUACAUUCGCAAUCCUCUAAUAGGUGAAGGGAAACAAACAAAUAUCAUCAUAGUUGGUGAGUAUUCGCAUUUGUACUGGAAUAUUAUUAGUAAGAGACAAGAGGGAGAGAUUUCUUUCAAUCCAUUCUAG